UUAGUAAGUAAUAACAUGGAAAAAGACGUAGCUAAAAUUACCUCAGAUCUGUCCGGAGUCAAAAUAAAGAAAUCACUAUUCGGCUCAGUAAACUCACACCCAAUCAAAGAAGUAUAUAAGAUAACUCGUAAAAUCGGAAGUGGAGCAUAUGGAGAAGUACGUAAAUGAUAUGUCCGUGAAUCAGGGGAAUUGAGAGCUGUAAAAAUCAUUAAGAAGAAAGCUCUCGCUGAAGAGGAAAGGAAGAAGCUCAAGAACGAAGCAGAAAUUCUCAAGGAAUUAGACCACUUCAACAUCAUUAAGCUCUAUGAAAUUUUCGAAGACAAAAAGUAUUAUUACAUCAUUAUGGAAUUUUUGACUGGUGGAGAGCUUUUUGAGAAGAUCACCGACGAAAGUUUUUAUGGAGAUUUCACUGAAAAAGACGCUGCUAGCAUCAUGCAGCAAGUGUUCAGAGGAAUCAACUACUGCCAUGCCAACAAUGUUGUUCAUAGAGACCUCAAGCCUGAGAAUUUGUUGCUUGAGAGCAAUGUAACUUCUGAAAGUUUAGGGGGGAAGAAAUAGCAUGAAGAUUAAGAUUAUUGAUUUCGGUACUGCCCAGCAAUUCGAAGUAGGAGGAAAAGGCAAGAUGGAAGAGAGAUAUGGAACACCUUAUUAUAUUGCUCCAGAUGUACUAAACAAGAGUUAUAAUGAAAAAUGCGAUAUUUGGUCCUUGGGAGUCAUUCUCUACAUUUUGCUCGUUGGCUACCCUCCUUUCAAUGGUUCUGAAGACAAGAAAAUUAUUGAUGCUGUCAAGAAAGGGGUCUACACUCUUGAUGAACCCGAGUGGGAUGACGUUUCAAGUGAAGCUAUUGACUUAGUCAAGAAAUGCCUGACUUACGACCCAGAAAAGAGGGCUAGCGCUUCUGAAGCCCUCGAACAUCCAUGGUUCAAGAAGUUUGCAAAAGGAGAGAAAGUGAAGAAAUCGCUAGCAUCAAAAGCUUUCAUCAACCUCAAGAACUUCAGGGCAGGACAAAAACUAAAGCAGGCAGCACUCUCUUUCAUUGUGUCGCAGUGCUUGAACCAGAAAGAGACCGACGAAAUGGAGAAGAUCUUCGCAGCCAUGGACAAGAACAACGACGGAAUGCUCAGCAAAGAAGAAAUCAGCGAGGGAUAUGAAGAGCACUUCGGAUACCCGAUUGAAGACGAAGAGUUGGACAGCAUAUUUAGCGCCAUUGACACAGACGGAAGUGGAGCCAUUGAUUACUCAGAGUUUUUGAUUGCCACUAUGAACAUGCAGCAACUUAUGUCAAAACAACAUCUAAAGCAAGCCUUUAAAAUGUUUGAUAAAGACAACUCUGGGACAAUCUCAAAGGAAGAAAUUAAAGAAGCUCUAGGGAAUCUUGAAGAAGAUAUUGUCGAUGUUAUUGUUUCCGAGGUUGAUGACAAUGGAGAUGGAGAAAUCUCGUUUGAGGAAUUUGAGAGGAUGAUGAACAUCGUAGUUAAUUGUAAAAGUCUCCCCCAGAAAUCAGGUGAUGCAUCUUAAGUUGAAGGAAUGAGUAAUGAGGAUUAAAAACACUUCAAUUGAAAGGCCAUAUCUGUAUUAGACAGAAAUAAGGAAGAAUGUUUGGGGUUUUGGCUGGU